CAGACCGCUGCGGGAACGAAUAAUACAGCGAAUUCUUCCGUCGGCUUGGAGCGCACGCCUCGAGGCACUACUUUGCCGCGCGGAGGGAGCCACACCAGCGGCGGUCGCGCGGCCGGGUCCUGACAACCCUCUUAUCUCGAAGUCGCCGGCGCUGAGUCCCUGUGGUGUAUUUUCUCUGGUUAUUUCCCCCUCAAAGACGCGCCAACAUGGAUGAGGAGUACGACUGCAUCGUUCUCGGGACCGGCCUGAAGGAAUGCAUCAUCUCGGGCAUGUUGUCGGUGUCGGGGAAGAAGGUGCUGCACAUGGACCGCAACAAAUACUAUGGCGGAGAGAGUGCUUCCAUUACGCCCCUCGAGGAUCUCUUCACCAAAUUCUCCCUGCCCCCACCAGAAGAGUCGUAUGGCCGCACCAGGGAUUGGAAUGUGGAUCUGAUCCCCAAGUUCCUCAUGGCAAAUGGCCAGUUGGUCAAGCUCCUUAUUCACACUGGCGUGACGCGCUACCUGGAAUUCAAGUCAGUCGAGGGCAGUUAUGUGUACAAGGGAAACAAAAUCUCCAAGGUCCCUGCGGAUGAGAAGGAGGCUCUUACUUCAGAUCUGAUGGGCAUGUUUGAAAAGCGAAGGUUCAAGAACUUCCUGGUGUUCGCCCAAGAUUACCGUGACGAUGACCCAGCCACAUGGAAGGCCAUGCCUGGCUUCGACCCCAAAACCACCACCAUGAACGCGGUGUUCGCCCACUUUAACCUCGACAAGAACACCAUUGAUUUCACAGGUCACGCUCUUGCUCUAUAUAGGGAUGACGAAUACCUCAAUUGGCCCGCCGGGGAAAGCCUGAAGAGAAUUAAGCUUUACAGUGACUCGCUCGCUCGCUAUGGAAAGUCUCCUUACCUCUAUCCUCUAUAUGGGCUGGGUGAGCUGCCUCAGGGCUUCGCUAGGUUGUCUGCUAUCUAUGGAGGCACAUACAUGCUUGACAAGCCCAUUGACGAAAUUGUGAUGGAGGAUGGGAAAGUAGUUGGUGUGCGCUCUGGAAACGAAACUGCCAAGUGCAAGCAAGUGUACUGUGACCCUUCAUAUGUGCCCGAUAAAGUGAAGAAGGUCGGACAAGUGGUGCGAGCCAUCUGCUUAAUGGAUCAUCCUAUCAACAAUACAAAGGAUGCCCUCUCAACACAGAUCAUCAUCCCACAGAAGCAGGUUAAUAGGAAUUCUGACAUCUAUGUGUCACUGGUGUCCUACACACACCAGGUUGCAGCAAAGGGCUGGUUUAUAGCUAUGGUGAGCACCACAGUGGAGACAGAUAACCCUGAGGCCGAGAUCCUACCAGGCCUCAACCUUCUGGGACCAAUCAAACAAAAGUUUGUGACCGUGUCCCCCAUCUACAAACCCACGGAUGACGGAGUACAGAACCAGCUGUUCAUCUCUGAGUCCUACGAUGCCACCUCCCACUUCGAGACCACCUGCCUGGAUGUGCUCGACAUUUACCGCCGAGGCACCGGGGAGGACUUCGACUUCUCCAAGGUGAAGCACAACCUGGGCGACGAGGACAUGUAAAGGAGGAAGUGCGUGUGCUUGCGAUCGUCGGGUGGCGAGAUGGGGUGGUCCUCCUCCGCUGAAAAUACCCCGGCACGCGGUCUCUGAAGAGAUGCCGCGUUGCCAACAGCUUGCCCUCGAAUAAUUUUUUUUUUUUCUUUCUUCGACUUCAUGAUCAACUCGUGUUGUACAAGAUCAUCAGCAUUGAACAGAUUAUCUUCAUCAUACACAUCCCCUGUGUUUAUACCAAAGGCAAACUCCCCUUUAUUUGAAUUUUUAUUUUUUAUUUUGGCAUAAGAAGAUGGACUUGUCAUAAAUGUUGUGGAUAUACACUGUACAGUGUAGAGAGAGCC